GCAAGCAGAUCACAUUCGCUUGACCUGGCAUCAGUCAAGCGUCCUCAGCAACAGUAUCACACGAUCGAUCCCGCCAACAUACCUCAAUGGAUGAAGAACAAUGAGGACCUCAUUCAAACAUAUCAUAACAAGGAACAACCACAACCACAACCACAACAACCUCAACAACCAGCGCAGGGCGGUGGACUCAUUUCCAACGCCUUCUCCUCGCUCUUGGGCAGGAACAACAACAACAAUAACAAUGCCGUCGCCAAGCCAGCGGCGGCCAACAACGAGUAUCUGAACCGCUCCAAGGAGAGCUCGUACCCCGACGUCGAGUCCAAGAACUUCUUGUACAAAGCGGGCAAAGAUCACCUGGGUCGCAGCGUCGUGGUGAUCAUCGCCUCCAACCUGCCGGUCAAGACAAUGGAUAUGGAGCGUGUGCUACUCUACACCAUCUCUGUGAUGGACCCGGUAGUGGACGGUGACUACGUGCUCAUCUACCUUCACACCAACAUAACAAACGACAACAAGCCAGACUUUGCUUGGCUGAAGAAAGUUUACGCCAUCUUUAACAGAAAAUACAAGAAGAAUCUGAAGGGACUGUAUAUUGUUCAUCCAACGACAUGGAUCAAGUUCACGCUGCGACUGUUCAAGCCAUUCAUCAGUGAGAAGUUCUGGAAGAAGUUGACGUAUAUUGAGGACCUGGCCGACUUGUUCAAGUCGUUUGGAAAGGACCAACUCAAUCUACCACAUCAUAUAAUGAUGCACAAGCCUGCAGGACGUAAGGCACAGCCAAUAUUUGGAGUGCCACUGGAGCAAGUGGUCAACAGACCAGACAACAACAGUGACAUACCAGUGUUGUUUGUCAAGGGAUUCGAGUAUCUAGAGACGCGGGCACUUCAUGUCGAAGGCAUAUUCAGACUGUCUGGUGCCAACUCACAGAUCAAGUCAAUGAAGCAAUGCUUUGACAGUGGUGAAGACAUCAACCUGAACGACUGCGAAGAUGUCCACACCGUUGCCGGUCUUCUCAAACUAUACCUACGCGAGUUACCUGAGCCCCUAUUCCCAUUUGACACCUAUCCAUCAUUCAUAGAGAUUGCCAAGAGCGACAUGCCAAGAGAAGAGAAGAUUGAGAGUUUGAAGUUGUUGAUAUCAUUGUUGCCACCUGCUAAUAGAGCAUUGACGCGACAGCUCUUCCACUUUUUGGACAAGGUGUUGCAGAAUGCACAUAUCAACAAGAUGACCGCUGUAAAUUUAUCAAUAGUAUUCGCGCCCAACCUACUCAAGACUCAAGACACCAAUGUCAUGGCCGUUGUUGCCGACGCCCAGCAUGUCAUCCUAGUAGUACAAUACUUGCUUGAGAAUAUUAGUACCAUAUGG